AAAAAAAAAGCAUUUUCUUUUCCUUUGGAAAACAGUUACGAAUAACAACAAACGCAGGAACCGCAAGAUGAGACUACGUAUAAAGCAUGCCGAGGGCACGUCUACGUUAACUGAUAUUGAUUCAAGUGACACUUUUUUAAAGUUAAAGGACCAAAUUAAAAAGACGAUUGGUUUGAAUAUGGUCCAAGAGAUACAAAUUUCUGGAGGGUACCCUCCCAAGGCGAUAAAUGGAUCCGAAAAUGAUAGUCUAUUUAAUAUUGGAAUAAGGGAUGGAGAUAGUUUGAAUGUAAAAGUGACGGGCACAACAGUGACAAAUCAGAAAGAUCAAACUCAACCAUUGCCAUCAAACGGUAUCAUAGCAUCAAGCAAUAAGAUUAUAAGCAACAACGCUAUUAAAGCGGACGAUGGAUAUCUUAUUCUUAGAGUUAUGGAGGAUGACAAUUCUUGUUUAUUUAGAGCAAUGGUGAUCCAAAAGACUUAUGUAUUGCAGAAGGACCCGAAAAUCGCAGCAGAACUUCGACAAGUGGUUGCCAGUGCCAUCCUAUCUGAUCCAAUAACUUACAAUGAUGUGACACUCGGUCAACCCAGAGAGAAAUAUAUGGAAUGGAUUCAACGAAAAAACUCAUGGGGUGGUGCAAUUGAAUUGGCGAUCUUUUCGAAUUACUUUCAAGUUGAAAUCGAUAGUAUCGAUGUACAAACUGGUAGAAUUGACAAAUUCGGCGAAGGACUUUACAGUGAAAGAGUCUUGAUUGUAUAUAACGGCAUACACUACGAUGCCUUAGCUCUUGCCCCCGAUCUGAACCUCGAUAUCGGAUACGAUCAAACCCAAUUUCCUACUACCAACAACAAUAUAUUGCUUACGGCCCAGGAAUUAGUGAGUCAUUUCAAGGCAAUGCACUUAUUUACCGAUAUUGCCAACUUCAGCAUCCGUUGUGAACAAUGCAAAAUUGGCCUCAGAGGCGAAAAAGAUGCGCAAGAGCACGCCACAAGGACAGGUCAUACAAGCUUCGUGGAAUACAAUACCAAUAAAUAGAAUAAAUAGCCGACUGAGGGCCUUAUUAGCUAGAUUUUGUACAGUCUAUUUUAUAUUAAUAAAUGAUAAUAAAUGCGCCGCUUUAUUAGUGAGCAUUAG